AAAGUCACUGGAGAGAGAGAGAGACUUGCUAAUGACCAAAGCUGACAACUAUGAGAAAGAACUGAGGGUGCUUCGUAAGGAAAACCGCCAGAACGCUGCCCUUGCUGUGGCCAUGGGGUUGCUGAUUGCUCUUAUUUACGCCUGCUGGACGAUGUGA